AUGCCAUUAUUCAAUCAAAAUCAAAAUCAAGGCCAACAAGGUCAAAAUCAAGACCCUUUUGUUCAACCACAUGAAUAUCAAGGUGAACCAGAUAAUAAUAAUUACUAUGGUGAUGAAAAACAAGGUUUACCAAAUCCUCAAGGUCAAACAUUUGAUGAAGCUUUCCAAGUUGAAAAACCAAAAUGGAAUGAUAUUCCUUUUACAAUCUUCUUUUUAGCUGUUGUUGCUGGAUUUAUUGCAGUUGCAGCUUUAACUUUAAGAGGUUAUGCUCAAACUUAUGCUCAACAAGGUUCAGGUAUUUAUAAUAAUACUUCAAGUUUUACUUUAAAUACAAAUACUGUUAUUUUAUUUGUAUUUGUUAUUGUUGUUGCUUUAAUUAUUGCAGCUUCAACUUUAGCAUUUGCAAGAAUUCAUCCAAAAGGUUUCAUUACAACUGGUAUUAUUGUUAAUAUUAUUAUGGGUAUUGGUACUGCAAUUGCUUAUUUUGUUAUGCAUUAUUAUUCUGCAGCUGUUGUUUUCUUAGUUUUUACAUUAAUUUCUGCUUGGUGUUAUUGGAGUAUGAGAUCAAGAAUUCCAUUUUCUGCAGAAGUUUUAGUUACAGUUAUUGAUGUUAUGAAGAAUUAUAAAUCUUCAUUAAUUGUUUCUGCAUUAGGUUUAUUAGUUUCUGGUGUCUUUUCAAUAUUAUUUAGUGCAGUUGUUGUUGCAACUUAUAUGAAAUAUGAUCCAAAACAAUCAAAUGAAGGUUGUUCAGUUUCAGGUGGUGGUUGUUCAAAAGGUAAAUUAAUUGGUAUAUUAGUUUUUGUUUUCUUUGCAGGUUAUUAUAUUACUGAAGUUAUUAGAAAUGUUAUUCAUGUUACAAUUUCAGGUAUUUAUGGUACUUGGUAUUAUUUAUCACAAUCUGAUCAAGGUCAACCAAAACAUCCAGCUUCUGGUGCUUUCAAAAGAGCUAUGACUUAUUCAUUUGGUUCAAUUUGUUUUGGUUCUUUAAUUGUUACAUUUAUUGAUUUAUUAAAACAAGGUUUAAAUAUCUUACGUCAAAAUGCUUCAGCUGCUGGAGAAAAUUGUGCUCAAUGUGGUUAUUUAAUCUUGGAUAUCUUAUUAAACAUUAUUGAAUGGUUAGCUCGUUUCUUUAAUCAAUAUGCUUAUUCUUAUAUUGCAUUAUAUGGUGAAAGUUAUAUUAGUUCAGCAAAGGCAACAUGGCAUUUAAUUAGACAAAAGGGUAUUGAUGCUUUAGUUAAUCAAUGUUUAGUUGGUACUGCAUUAGGAUUUUAUGCAUUAUUUAAUGCUUAUACUUGUGCUUUAUUAGCAUUUUUAUAUGUUAGAUUAACAAAACCUGAAUAUAAUUCAGAAGGUACAUUUUAUGCCCCAGUUGUUGCAUUUACUUUUACAAUUGCUAUGCAAAUUUCAAAUAUUGUUACUCAACCUUUAAGAUCUGGUACUUCAACUUUUUUCAUUGCUUUAGCUCGUGAUCCUGAAGUUUAUCAACAAAGUUAUCCAAAUAGAUUUAAUAAAAUUGCUGAAACUUAUCCAAAUGUUUUUGAUAAAUUAAGAUCAAGAUAA